AGUGUGUUCACUGUUUGUUGUCACGGACGAGCAGAGAUGUCAGGAAUCGCGACGAAGCUCCAGCAGAACCGGGAGCGAGCAGCGGGCGUCGGUACCAACGCUCAUGCGGUCAAAUUCCUCAACCAGGACUACGAAGCGCUCAAGCGCGAGUGUCUGGAGAGCGGACGCCUGUUUCAGGAUGACACGUUUGAAGCCAAUGUAUCCGCGCUCGGGUUCAAGGAACUGGGACCAAACUCAUCUAAAGUGCGCGGGGUUGAGUGGCUGAGACCAAAGCAACUGACGUCCAACCCAACGUUCAUUAGCGGAGGAGCAACCCGAACUGACAUCUGCCAGGGUGCUUUGGGUGACUGUUGGCUUCUAGCUGCCAUCGCGUCUCUUACCCUCAACCAGGACGUGUUCGCCCGUGUGGUCCCGUCUGGACAGAGUUUUGACGGUGACUAUGCUGGAAUAUUUCAUUUCCAGUUCUGGCAGUUUGGUGAUUGGGUGGAUGUGGUCAUUGACGACCGUCUUCCUUCCAGGAACAGAAAGCUGCUGUUCGUCCACUCUGCCGAGGGCUCUGAGUUUUGGAGCGCCCUGCUAGAGAAGGCCUAUUCGAAGCUGAACGGCUGUUAUGAAGCUCUGUCUGGUGGCACCACCACCGAGGGCUUUGAGGAUUUCACUGGAGGCAUCGCUGAGGUCCAUGAACUAGCGAAAGCAGGUCCAAACCUCUUCAAAAUCAUCCUGAAGGCUUUGAGCUGGGGCUCGCUGCUGGGCUGCUCGAUAGAUAUCACAGACUCCGCUGAUUCAGAGGCCAUUACUAGUCAGAAGCUGGUGAAAGGACACGCCUACUCGGUUACAGGAGCCGAUGAGGUCGAGUACAGGGGCGACUUAACCAAACUGAUUCGCAUCAGGAACCCCUGGGGGCAGAUGGAGUGGACCGGAGCCUGGAGUGAUGGAUCAUCAGAAUGGCGCCAGAUCAGUGACAACGACCGUGAGAAACUGAGCUGCAAAGCAGAAGAUGGAGAGUUCUGGAUGUCGUUCUCUGAUUUCCUGCAUCAUUACUCGCGGGUGGAGAUCUGUAAUCUGACCCCUGAUGCUCUGUCAGACGACAGCAUUAAUAAGUGGGCGCUGUCCAAGUUUGAUGCCAACUGGAGGAAAGGAUCAACUGCUGGAGGCUGCAGGAAUUACCCAAACUCGUUCUGGAUGAACCCUCAGUUUCUGAUCAAGCUGGAGGAGCAGGACGACGACCCGACAGAUAAUGAAGUGGGAUGCAGCUUCGUUGUGGGUCUGAUCCAGAAGAACCGCCGCAAAAUGAGAAAAGUCGGAGAGGACAUGCACACCAUUGGCUUCGCCAUCUACGAGGUUCCUGACGAGUUUGCCGGGCAGAGGAACGUCCACCUGGACUGUAACUUCUUCCAGCGGCAUGCUUCAGCGGCCCGUUCCGAGACCUUCAUCAACCUGCGCGAGGUUUGCUCUCAUUUCUGUCUGCCCCCUGGCGAGUAUCUCAUCGUACCGUCCACCUUCGAGCCCAACAAGGAUGGUGACUUUUGUGUUCGCGUCUUCUCUGAGAAACAGGCAGAGUUCCAAGAGCUUGAUGACCCUGUUGAGUGCAACGUUCCUGAGAUUAAUGUGAAUGAGGGUGAUAUUGAUAGCCGGUUCAAGACUCUGUUUGGACAGCUUGCUGGGGCAGAUGCUGAAAUCUCAGCAUUUGAGCUGCUAAAUAUCCUGAACAAAGUGAUAACUAAACGCAAAGACAUUCAAACUGACGGAUUUAGUUUGGACACUUGCCGCAACAUGGUGAACUUACUGGAUAAAGAUGGCAGUGGAAAGCUGGGCAUGGUUGAAUUUAAGAUUCUCUGGACUAAAAUUGAGGUGUACCUGGACGUCUUCUGUAAAAAUGACAAGGACAAGUCUGGCACAAUGAGCUCUAUGGAGAUGAGAGAAGCCAUAGUGAAAGCAGGCUUUUCUCUGAACAACACUCUACACCAGAUCAUGGUCGCGCGCUACAGCGACACCAAUCUCACCAUCGACUUUGACAACUUUGUGGGCUGUAUUGUGCGCCUUGAAAGCAUGUUCAAAACAUUUAAAAUGCUGGACAAGGACAAGACUGGCACAAUAGAGCUGAAUUUUUUUGAGUGGCUAAAUUUCUCCAUGCUUUGAGGAAAAGGAGCAGCGGAUUUUGGACAGCUGGGUGGAGAUCUGAAUAGUUUCUUAUACACUGCACAGACAUUGACAUCCCUGGAAUUACCAGAGACUCAGACCUCCAUCAAACUGAUCACCAUCUUCAUAUGUUAAAAAGAACCAGGUUCCUGUGCAGUGUAAUAGAAAUCAUGUUAUGGUGGUUUAGCUAGUUGGCUUAUUUUGUUGUACAGCUCAUAGAAGGGCUAAUGAAUCACUACUAUGAGAGAUGACAAAAAUAUGUUGGGUGUAAACAUAACUGUUUUAUGUCUUUCUAUUUUUAAAAUAAAUGUAAUCAUAAGCAAAAGUAAAUAAAUCCUGUGACAUGUCCUUAGCGUAUGAUUUUUAUUUCUGUCUAGAACAAAAGUAGCUCUAUAUAUUGUGUUGUGUGUGUAGGCCUAUAAAACGUGCUCUUGGUCUCAAUGACUGUGACUUUUAUCGCA